AUGAUUUGGACGCUUGUUGAUGUCGCGCACAACACCAAUAGAUACAAUCAUAAAAAUUAUGACUGUUUUGUGUGUUGUAUCCUGACACAUGGAGAGCUUAACCACCUGUAUGGAAGCGAUGGACAACUUAUUCCCUUAACGGAUCUUACCAACAACAUUAACGUCAACAGGUGCCCAGGUCUAGCUGGUAAACCCAAGCUGUUCUUUUUGCAAGCCUGUCAGGGCGGUAAACCAAUGGGGGAAGGGAAGGUGCUUAAAUCUGACUCGCGCCGGUCCUUAGAAGAUAUUGAGCAAGCGGCCCUGAGCAUCUUAGACAUUUACAUCGACACCAUAACCAACAUCAAUAAGGAUGUCCUACUGCCAUCGGCCAAAAAGUUCUUGGGAAAGAGUGAAGGAAGAACAAGCCAUGAGGGACCACCGAAACCAUGGACCUGCGUGACAUCAUCAUUGAGAAAAACCUGCAACACAAACGUGAGCUCUUCCACUACUUCAUCGACUUUAAGAAAGCUUUCAACCGCGUGUGGCAUGAUGGCCUAUAGUAUGUUUUAA